GAAAUGUGAUUGGACACCAGAUAGCUGCCGUCAUUGGCCACACGACAUCGAUAAGUUCGAUAGUGCAAUAGUCUCUAAUCUUGGAGCUUUUUAAAGUCGCUGUUUCUACCCGAAUCCUUGCAACGCGGCUGCAGGUUUGCUUCUUACUUUAAGUUUGAUAAAUUACGUAAAACGUACAUCUUUGAGCAGUCAUGCAGUCAUGCCAUUGAUUUGAAUGUUCGUGCUGAUAGCUACAAUCAGUGUAGAGCGUGAAUUCAACAGAGCAUUCGCUUACUAUUUCAUUACGUUUCAGAUUGUGAUUGAUCGAAGAGAAAACUAAACUUUUCAGUUUGCAUUAGCUUAGCAAACCUUGCCAGCAAUCUCCGGGUAUUCUCCGGGUUAAUUACAUGUAUGUCGAUGAUUUUAAUCUUGUGAACUUAGCUUCACUGCAACGGAACGAGAGAAGAAAGUUCUUGUGCUUUUAGUUUGACGUUCAACUAGUGUACCACACAGGGACUUUUUUCACGACAGCUAACGUAAAGGCAAUGAUUCUCACAAAUUGCCAUCGAGUGAGAAAAGUAAUUCAUCAGUACCUCCUUUCUGUUCCUUUGGCUGACGGCUAGACGAAGUAAUCGGAUGAAAUUCAGGCUACCAGACACUGCAGUCAACACGCUGUUAUUGACUCAUGAUCAGCCCAUUGAAAUAUGAAAUAUGAUGGCUUACUGCCCGACAGUACUUUAUGAGAAAAAUGUUUUAAGCCAUUAUCAUUUAAAGUAGUUAUUGGCACAAUCUUCGAUUUGUUGAUUGCGUGAUAUUUUUCAAGAGUCGCGUGGAAUUUGAGUAUUUGGCUUGCAUGGUGUGAUUACCUAACAUAUCAUGUGACACGAUUAUAUUAUUAAAACUUCCUCUAUUUCAGUUCCCGUCGUCAUUUUCAUUUUCGUUUGUUUUCCAGAAGCAAAAAAAAGAAUAGAAUCUUGCGUCAGUCGGCGAGAGUUUUCCAAUGCUGCUGUUUACGGUAUGUAGAUAUGAUACAAAUAAUUUAUUAUGACUUACAGGCGCCGUGUCUCCCGCUUCUCUAUACACUUACUCGAUCUGUUUACCCUGCGCUUCACUCAAUUUAGCGGAAGUAAAAGUUUACCUUAUUUAAGAUCUGUUCAUUAUAAGUUGAGCUUGUACAUUAGCAAGAGAGAAUGAGCUAUUAUCUCUUAAUAUUAGUACGUAUAGUGGACCCUCAAUUUAACGAACCUCUAUAUAACGAAGCCCUCGGUAUAACGAAUGUUAGUAAAAUCCAACUAGUGGUUUAUUAUCAAUGCUGCGUUCUGAUUGGUUGAGCUACUACUAGGCUAUAUGUUAUAACCCACUAGUAGCGAAAAGCGCACCUUUUUGGCGGCAAAAAAGGAUUGAAGUCUUGCUUUAACUAGCUAAAAAUUUUUUUUGCGAUAUUUUUGACCAACUAGUUGGAUUUUACUAAAACAAUUAUUCCUCUCGCCCUUAUGGCCUCUGAGUCAAUCGGCCUCAUGGGCUAUUGACUCAGAGUCCAUUCGGGCUCGAGGAAUAAUUGUUAAAUAUAUAUUGAAAACCAAGAAACGGCUGCCAGUUUCAAAGACAGGAGGAGAACUGAAAACAUCCAAGGAUGGAAAGAGAUGCUAUUAUAUGGGCAGUUUGCGAGACAGAGUGAAGAUCAAAGAAACGAUGAAACAUGGACUUGGUUGAAAGAAGGAAAGCUUAACCGAGAAACAGAGUCCCUUAUUGUUGCAGCACAAGAUCAAGCAAUAAGAACAAAUUAUGUAAAAGCAACAAUCGACAGGUCACAGACCGAUCCCAAAUGUAAAAUUUUCAAUCAAAACAACGAGACCAUCAGCCAUUAUUGUAAGUGUGUGUCCAAAACUGACACAAAUAUAUAAAGAUAGACAUAACAUCGUAGCUAGAGCAAUCCAUUGGGACCUGUCAGGAAAAUAUGGGUUUCAGCGAAAUGAGAGGUGGUAUGACCAUGUUCCGGACAGUGUACUUGAAAAUGAGGAUCACAAGAUACUGUUGGAUUUUAGUAUACGAACAGACCAUGAAAUUGAGGCUAGGAGACCGGAUCUAUUGAUCAUUAACAAAAGAGAGAACAACUGCCAAAUUAUAGACGUAGCAAUUCCGGAUGAUGGAAGGGUGAGAGCAAAAGAGGACGAAAAAGUAGAAAAAUAUCAAGACUCGCUACAGAAAUCUGAAAGAUAUGGGGCGUAAGGACAAAGGUGAUACCCAUAAUGCCUGGGGCAUUGGGCACAAUACCGCUGAGGUUAAAAGAAAAGCUGAGGACCAUUGGUGUUGACACAUCCAUUGAACUGAUUCAGAGAUGUGCCCUUUUGGGGUCAGCAAGGAUCCUUAGGAAAGUGUUGGAGAUGUAGACCAGGAACAAAAGUAGAAUGAGGGACACUUCUUGGCUUCCCUAGGCGACGGGUUGUUGCCCGAAGCCAAUGAAAACCACAUUUAACACCUUUAUCUGAGAGUAUUAGCAAUAAUAAAUAAUAUUUUAAAAGGAGGCCUCCAAUCACCAAUCACCAAACAUUGGUUUUCAGGCGAGGGCCUCUAAAAUAAAGGUCAAAAGGUAAAAAAUGCAUUGAAAUAAAACUAAAAUACAGCUAAAAGCUAAUGCUAACACUAAGGUUUAAGUUAAAAAUACUUACUAAGUUAUUAUAGUUCUCAUACUGUUUUUGUGUGUGUGUGUGUGUGUGUGUGUGUGUGUGUGUGUGUGUGUGUGUGUGUGUGUGUGUGUGUUUCUAGUACGAUGUAGAUGAAAACGGACAUGACGUCAGAAGCUGCAACAAACUCCGAUUCAACUAACAGAGAUACUGGCCCACCUCAGCUGGCUGUUGGUCUUCCAUCCAUGAAAGAUGUUACAACAACAUUGAAACAGCCAGACCUACCUGCUGAUAUUCUUUUAGUAACAGUUAAGGACUGCGAGUUCUUAGCUUGUUACAAUGAGCUAAAAGAUCCCUUUAGAUGUUAUUUUGAUGGUCUUGGUUAUGUUUACUUCGCGGACGUUGUCGGAAGUCAGCAAGGGCGAGUGAAAGUAGCACUAAUGAAGUGCCAUGAAGGUUCUAACGGUCCGGGUGGCUCUCUGACUGCCGUUAGGAAUGCGGCCCCUAUUCUACGACCUAAGGCCGUGAUAUCUGUUGGGGCAUGCAGUGGUCUCAACCCUAACAAAACCAAGUUAGGUGACGUUGUUGUAUCAGCCAAACUAACAACAUAUGCAUCCAAAGUAGUGACAAGCGACCAAGAGCAGUGGGCUGGUAUUUGCAGUCACGUCAGCAGACAGUUUCUUAACAUCAUCAUGAAUUGCGCUGAUGGGUGGCAACCACCUUUGAAGAACCCAGAAGACCGCUACAUCAACGUUCAUAACAAUGGCGUGUUCUUAAGUGGUCCAGAGCAGAUCAGAGCAGAAUGGAGGCGAAAAGAACUUCUAGACCGUCAUUCCCUCGCAACAGGUGUAGAGAUGGAGGGAGAAGGUGAGUGCAUGUCACUUAUAAAAGCGCCUCAAGCGUACGCAUGCACAAGACCCUAAGCUAUAAUUCGACCAUAUCUUCGCCGUUGUCAACGUCAAAGAAUGGUGUACUAACAAGUCGCAAACGCGUACCUUUAAUAAAGGUACGCGUUUGUGACUUGUUAGUACACCAUUCUUUGGCAUUUUUAUUUUGGCAUUACAUUUUCAUUGCUUUGCGUUCUUGUCACGUGUGCUUUUUGUCUUUGUUCAUUGACAUAGAUGUAAACCUAGAAAUUUAAAGAGAGAAGAAAUAUUAUAGUGAAUUUCUCCAUGGCAAUUACUUUAUAUAUUAGUUGGCAGUUGUACCGUAUUUAUUCGAAUAAGCGCCCUACCUCGAAUAAGCGCCCAUCCUAAAGGCAGAAAGAGUUAAUAAAAGCCCACUCCCAACCCACCUCCCUCCCACUCCAAGUCGAACUUAAAUAAGCGCCCGCUCCCACCCCACCCCAUUUCCCCACCCACCCCCUCCCCAAAAAAUUGAAUAAUUACUAAAAAGAGACUUCCCUUAAGACGGAGUUUUCUUCAGAGUGUUUUACAGAAACCUUGUUUUGUUAUGUCUUCAUGUUUUGUUAUUACCAUUUAUUAUUUUGUUGCAAAAUAAACAUACUGCACUUGCUUAAAAUGGUGAAAAAUGUAAUAAGCGCUCAGCCUCGAAUAAGCACCCACUCUGAAGGUCCAAAAAUUUAAUAAGCCUCCAGGGCGGUUAAUCGAAUGAAUACGGUAUUGGAUCAUAAUGUGAAAAUAUAGGUCACGUGUUUACACAGAAAGCAAUAACUGAUUUAACUUGUCCUUUAUCGACUGAUAUAUAUAUAUAUAUAUAUCUGUCUGGAUUUCAUACAAGGUGCCUGUACUGAGUCUCUAGACGGUCAACUCCAAGGAGCCAUUACUCACCCUCCCCACCCAUGAAGCUUAUAACUAGUCAAUCACUUCCCCCAAGUCACAGCAUUGAUUUGGCUGGCCUAGGCCACAGGAAAAAUUCUCUGACUUUGCACUGCUUUCUGACAUAAAACUCUAACCAAAGUGACAAGAUCUCCCCUCCCUACCCCCCUGGUUUUCACACAAAACAAGGAAUCCACCCAGCCACGGACAGGUCUGGGCCUGGGCUCUCAGCUGACACCUAGCAAGACGGCAAGCCCCCUUGUUUUUUUCCGGCUACACUGGCUUGAACACGGGUGAUGCCUGUGUUCAUUUGAAAACUUAGCAUGCACCUUUUAGCAAAAUCACACAGAAAAUAGCCUGGAUAUCUCUAAACCAAGCACAAUCUCUUAGCUUCUGACAACAUUUGCUAGCUCAGGGAGUGGCAAUUGCAUUCCCGAGCAAUUAAAUUCCCCACCGGGCUCAGAUAAGCACUUAAUAUCUGUCUGGAUUUCAUACAAGGUGCCUGUACUGAGUCUCUAGACGGUCAACUCCAAGGAGCCAUUACUCACCUGCCCCACCCAUGAUGCUUAUGACUAGUCAAUCACUUCCCGCAAGCUCUGCUAGUAGUGUUAUGAUUAUGAGUCACUGCAUUGAUUUGGCUGGCCUAGGCCACAGGAAAAAUUCUCUGACUUUGCACUGCUUUCUGACAUAAAACUCUAACCAAAGUGACAAAAUCUCCCCUCCCUACCCCCCUGGUUUUCACACAAAACAAGGAAGCCACCCAGCCACGGAUAGGUCUGGGCCUGGGCUCUCAGCUGACACCUAGCAAGACGGCAAGCCCCCUUGUUUUCUUCCGGCUACACUGGCUUGAACACGGGCGAUGCCCGUGUUCAAGCGAAAACUUAGCAGGCACCUUUUAGCAAAAUCACACAGCUAUAUAUAUAUAUAUAUAUAUAUACUUGUUCGCGUACCUAACUUCCUCAAGUCUAAAGCCUUGUCCACGGCGGAACAUUAUUGAAUCAAUUGAUUUUCUUUAUACUCUACAAUAAAAUAUUGAAUAUCGUUUCCAUGAGCGUCCCAACCCCCGCGUUUACGUGGAAAAGCUGGAAUAUGCUAUUUCGCAACGAAACAAAGAAUAUCUUUUCUUCCAUUUUCAUUUCCUAUUACAUGUUUCUUGCCUUGUGGUAAUAAUAUAUAUUUUUGUUUCGUUGAAAAUAUUUUGUGAAAAUCGCAUGACAAGACACUUCCGCGGUCCGCUUCUCAUAGCAGACAUACACUUAGCGACAUUUUCGCGCAAAAAUAGAGUCAAACAAGAGUCAUACAUGUAAUCGGUAAAAUAAAUGGGAACAUCAUUUUAUUUGUCUAUGGUGUCAGGGUCUGAUCUGGGAUCGCCUGGAUAGGUCCGACAUGGACAGCUUUCAAUCGUAACGCAGACCUUUAAUUACAGUCGCAAAUUAGGCUUAACCAAAGAAAAGGAAUUAAGUCAGCUGUAUUUAAAAAGUGGUUAUUUUUGAAGAAACUGCGGUACAAGGUCGGUAGAAGGGUGAAACGCAAUUUUUUUCAACUGAAAUUAUAGAAUUAAUUUUAUUAUCGUAGAUCAUCAUCAUCAUCGGUCGACCGAAGACCAGUCGACUGUAAGGCGUCUCCAACUAACUUCGGUCUUGCGUAGUGGGCACGAUGCCUCCCUCUUAGAAAUGCUUAUUGGGGUCGGUACAUUUCUGUACUUGGCUGAAAAAGGACUUCUGCGGUCUCCCUGGGGGUUUUCUACCGUGGAGGGCUUAUACAACGUGUAGAUAUUGGCGGGUUUUACCUGAACGUAAAAGAGAUUGUAAGUUUGAUAUUUCAAACGCCAGCCCUUUGUCAGAGCAAACCGAGGUAUUGUUGUCUGGUUUAUCCCAUAUAUCGAGUGGUGGACUAGGAGCAACCCUGUUGGUGGCGGUAUGGAAACAUGAAAAAAAAAAAAAAAAACAGGAAUAAAGAAAGUGUAGGAAAAAUGUCCACUGAAAAAAGUUGUUGUCAAAAAAGCAAAACCAAACAUCACGAAAAUCAUAACCUAUCCUACUUUCUGUCCUUGGGUUGUAGGCAUCUUUUGAUUCAGUCUUUUCUUGUCUCUUGUCUUUUGACUUCCAGUUUGCAAUAAAAGAGAAAUUUUCAUUCAAGUUUAAUCGUCAAAAAUAUUAAUAGAUCCGAAUUUGAAAGUAAAGAAUUGCAAGUGAGUCUAUUUGCCAGGCAAUUGAUUUUUUAGUUUCUUUCAUCUAUAAGAGGUCAUUUACAAAAAAUAAUAUAUCCUAAAUGUGUUCCAUAUUUUAGGUGUUUUCACAGCUGCAUAUGAUACUCAACUCGAGUGGCUCAUUGUUAAAGGGAUAGCUGAUUUUGCAGAUGGUGAGCAAGUGAAUGCAGGAAGUUGGAAAGCCUGUGCUAGUGCGAUGGCAGCAUCUCUUGUCUCACACAUACUAAGUGAUCCUGGUGUUUUUCGUACUUGGCCUCAUUACCAAGGUAUCGAUUGUUUUUAAGUUUAGCUAGUUAUAACUUAAUGUAGGGGUAGAAGAGAAUUUGCGUUUAGUUGAAGGUACUUCUAAUUAAAUGCGUUUCUCCAAUGUUCCAUAUUCAUUGCCAAGUGACCUCACAUUAGUCAUGAAACAAGAUCGGCCUUAUUAAACUAUGAGUUUAACGUUUUAAGAGUAAACCUCCCUCGAGUCGCAAUCGCCCGCGUAAGACGUCUGAAUCUACGAACCGCUAAUGCCGUCCAGUGACGUCACUACUUCUCUGCGGCAAAGACAGAAAUAUUGUCCGGAGAGGUGUACAUGGUACAGAAUUGUUUUAAAUACUAGAAGAAAGUCUUAACUCAUGUUACAGGUUAAACUGUUGACUGGACGCUGUAUUCUAAACGAAUCUCUUGCUUGUAUCGCGCCAUGAUUAAUUGAUUAAUCAGACUCGAUCUCAUCCACGCAAUAAUGAAAUACACAUGCGACACUUCCUUCAAUUUGCUUUAAUUUAAAAGAAGCUAUUUGGUCCUUUAGGAAGAAGAAAGCAAGCAAGCUAGCUAGGAAAGAAAGAAAAACUAACAUAAUCAUUGUACUUGCCAGUGGAAAUGACAUUAAGUUCGAAAAUUUGCUAUCUUGAGACAGGCUUGUUAUAAAUCUCACAAAAUCGAUCACUUGAUUCGCUUCCGGAAGCGGAAGCUAACUGAGAACCAUGCACUUAAUAUAUUAGCCACAUUCUUUUAAAAUUCUCUUCUUUAAAAUGCCUUCCCAUUACUUGUUUCGCUGUUUCUGUAUACUUUCCUGCACUUUCAUUUUAAAACAUAGUGAGAAAACAUAAAUCAGGGGUCACGUACAUAGUGACGCAAAUGAGUCGCCUCAUAGAAUUAGCUUUACCUCAGUCCUCACUUUUGAAUCAAUUGCACUCAAUUACAGUCCAACAUAGGAGGCGGAAAUAAAGUCGUAAAUCUGCCCCAGCCGGCGGUUCCAAAUACAACGUUGUGUCUAUGUUCAAGUGGUCCUAGUCUCAAAAUUAUGUUUUCCUCAGCAGGUGCUUUCUCCGAUGAUCAGAGCUUAACACAAACCAAAAGGGGAAUGUAUACCGUUAGUACAUCUCAGCAAACUGAAUGCAUGACCCAGCAGCCUCUUGCAGGUAUCUCUUGGUUAAGUUACAAUAUAUUGAAUUGUGAACGGGACUAAAAAUCUAUGGCCAGUUUAUGGUUCACUGUAUACUUCAAUUAAAGUCCACCUUUGAAACGUAUAUCCGCUACCUGUUCCGCCAGUUUUUUUUUUUGUUGUUGUUUUUUGUUGUUGUUGUUGUUGUUUUUUUUGUUCCCUUUGUGCCUCACAUCCUUUUCAAAAUGCAGUAAAAAAAAAAAAAAAAAAAAGAGCCAGGAGGCAAGUGUGUCACCUGAUAGAGAUGGCUUCAACGAGUCCGUACAUGUACUUGUGAACUGAGGUCGUGAAUCUCCUCUACCAACAGCAAAUGUAAAUGCUGUGUGGCAUUGUAAUAAAACGAAAUCGAUCUAAUUUGUAGUAUUUUGUCUUCGUAGGGUUGCCCACUUAUAUCACAGAAAAGAUUCGUCAGCUUUACCGAGGCCGUGAAGGGAAACUAGCACCAUUCGCUUGGUGUGAUUAUCCUAAUUUUAAUCUGAAUGCUAUGUUAACACGAUCGAAGAUUGUGGACAGGGAAAAAGCUCGAGGAACAUUGACCGACGGUAAAAUCACCAACAUGACAGCCAUCUUUAGCUAAAGAGUUUAAGACGGAAUUAACCAGGGCACUGAGUAAUUUUUAUUUUCAGUGGACAAAAGUCUUGUACCAGAAUAAUUUAAAGAAUAUUGCAUUCUUUCUUACAUUUUUCAAGGGCUAAAGAUGUAAUAAAUCAUCUAUAAUAACACCAAAGAAAAUUUCUCAAGGAAGCCCGAGAAAAUGAAAGUCAAAUUUCACACAAUUACAUCUUACACAUGAAAUUUUCAGAAUUUUACCUGUGUAAUCACAAUUCUUGUGAAAUUUGACAUUCCCGGCUGCAACGCAGGCUAAUUUUCUCGGGCUUCCGUGAGAAAUUUUCUUUGGUGUUACUACAGAUGAUUUAUUACAUCUUAAGCCCUUGGAAAAUGUAAAAAAGAAUGGAAUAAUUUUUAAAUUAUUCUGGUACAAGGUUUUUGUCCACUGAAAAUUAAAAUUAAUCAAUUUCCUGGUGGAUUCCGUCUUAACAUUUUAAGAGUAAACCUCUCUUUGAGUCGCAAUCGCCCGAGAAAGACGUAUGAGUCAACAAGCCGCUAAUGUCGUUCACCCGGGGGGGGUACUCGCAGAAAAAUUGGGUAGGGGUGUGCGGCCCGCUUCCCAAAACCCUUACCCUAUUUAUGACCAAAAUCUGCGAUUUUCCCUAACCUAUUUAUGACCUAACCAAAAAUUUGAUACCCUAUUUAUGACCUGACCCUUAAAUCAAUACCCUGUUUCAGACCUGCCUUAUAAUUAUUUCCCUAGUUCAGACCAAUGUUAAAGGCAAUGUUUAUCUGCUUUUAUUAGGUUAGGGGGACAUGAUAAGGAAAUAGCUUCUUCUAAAAAAGUGCAUUCAAGACUACAGUGCAAAAAUCGUUACUCUAUCUAUGACCAAAAUGGCGGCAAAAUAGCCAAAAUCGAUACCCAAUUUAUGACCAAAACGGCUGAAAAACCCUACCCUUUGGGGCCGCACAUACCUAUAUAGCCCAUAUUAGGGAGUACCCCCGCCCCCCGGGGUCGUUCAGUGACGUCACUACUUCUCUGCGGCAAAGACAGAAAUAUUGUCCGGAAAAGUGUACAUGGUACAGAAUCGUUUUACUGGAAGAAAGCCUUAAAUCAUGUUAAACGUUCAAACUGUUGACUGCACGCUGUAUUCUGAAUGAAACUUUUGCUUGUAUAGCGCCAUAAUUGAAUAGUCAGACUCGAUCUCAGCAACAUAAUAAUGAAACACAUUGAGACACUUCCUUCAAUUUCCUAUAAAAUAACAGAAGCUAUUUGGUCCUUUAAGAAGAAGAAAGCAAGCAAGCUAGCUGGGAAAGAAAAAAAAACUAACACAAUCAGUACACUUGCCAGUGGAAAUGACAUUAAGUUCGUAAAUUUGCUAGUUCGACACAGGCUUGUUAUAAAUCUUACAAAAAUCGAUCACUUGUGCAAUCAAUGUUGAAACCACAAAGCGGCUCUGAAUGAAAACCAACCGACUUUCCGCAUUGAUUCUUCAUUGGUAGUUCAAUUUAAAGAUAGUUUCGAAAACAGGGGUAAAGGUAAAGAUUGUCGAAAUUUAGUGACCUCUACGCAAGCAUGCGAUCUGCUGAUUGUCAAGCUUAUCAAAUGACAGUCCCGCUAAAAUUUCUCAUAGUCAUAGAUAAUUUUGUGAAUGUUUAGACAAUCAACCGAUCAAAAUCACUAGCUGGUUUUCGGGUAGUGACGUUACUGGACGGUAUUAGCGGCUCGUUGAUUCAGACGUCUUUCUCGGGAGUUUGCGACUCAAGGAGACGGCUGAAAUUCAAGCUAUUUAAGAGUUGAAUAAACUUGGUCGACAAACUUUUAUACAUGUUUCUGUUCAGAAAUCGAGACCAUACAUUUUCCCCUAGCAGCACAAAACACUAAUGUUGUCUUUGCGUGAAUCGUUUCAGUUGAUGCUCCCUUUGAGGCUCAGCUCGAAAGCAGCAGGAAGCGGAAGCUAACUGAGAACCAUGCAGGUAAUAUUUUAGCAACAUAAAAUGCCUACCCAUUACUUGUUUCAUUGUUUCUGUACACUUUGUGCAUCUUCAUUUUAAAACACAGUGAGAAAACAUAAAUCAAGAGUCGCGCACAUAGUGAAGCAAAAAAGUCUCAUCAUAGAAUUAGCUUUACCUCAGUCUACACUUUUGAAUCAAUUGCACUCAAUUACAGCCUAUCAGGAGGCGCAAAUGAGGUCGUAAAUCCGCCCCACCCAGCGGCUCCAAAUGCAACGUUGUGUCUAUGCUCAAGUGGUCCUAGUCUCAGAAUUAUGUUUUCUUCAGCAGGUGCUUUCUCCAAUGAUCAGAGCUCAACACAAACCAAAAGGGGAAUGUAUACUGUUAGUACAUCUCAGCAAACUGAGUCCAUGACCCAGCAGCCUCUUGCAGGUAUCUCUUGGUUAAGUUACAAUAUAUUGAAUUGUGAACGGGACUAAAAAUCUAUGGCCGGUUUAUGGUUCACUGUAUACUUCAAUUAAAGUCCAACUUUAAAAUAUAUAUCCGCUACCGGUUCCGCCGGUUUUUGUUGUUUUGUUCUUUUCUUUUGUACCCUUUGUGCCUCACAUUCUUUUCAAAACGCAGCAAACAAAAAAUAUAGGCGGGAGGCAAGUGUGUCACGUGAUAGAGAUGGCUUCACACGAGUCCAUACAUGUACUUGUGAACUGAGGUCGUUAAUCUCCUCUACCAACAGCAAAUGUAAAUGCUGUGUGGCAUUGUAAUAAAACGAAAUCGAUCUAAUUUGUAGUAUUUUGUCUUCGUAGGGUUGCCCACUUAUAUCACAGAAAAGAUUCGUCAGCUUUACCGAGGCCGUGAAGGGAAACUAGCACCAUUCGCUUGGUGUGAUUAUCCUAAUUUUAAUCUGAAUGAUGUGUUUACACGAUUGAAGAUUGUGGACAGAGAAACAGCGCGAGAAACAUUGACCGACGAUGAAAUCACCAACAUGACAGGCAUCUUUAGACCCCACCCGAAGUGCCAGAAGCCUCAUAAAGUAUUGAUUGAAGGGGAUCCUGGCAUGGGAAAAACUACCUACUCACAAAAACUGGCGUAUGACUGGGCAAACAAACAAAAUGAAUGGGACCCGUCCUUUCCAGAGAUUGAAGUUUUGCUCUUGCUUAGAUGCAACGACAUAAAAUCGAGCAUUUGGAGGGCUAUUGAUGAUCAAAUUCUUCCUGAAGAUAUCGACGAAAAGGCCAAGGAGACUUUCUUCAAAUACAUAAAGGAAAAUCAAUCCAAAGUUCUGCUAUUGCUGGAUGGAUUAGAUGAGGCAGACCCCUGUGAACAAGACAUCUACCUCUCGCUGGUCACGUGUAAACUCCUCUCAGCUUGUCACGUUGUCAUCACUUCGCGUCAUGAGGUUGGACAGAAAGUAAGCCGAUACUGUGAUACCCUGUGGGAGAUUGUAGGAUUCACCAAAGAGGAUUCGAAAAGCUUUAUCAGAAAAUUUUUUCGGGGCAAGGAUCACUUAGCUGAGAAGUUUAUUAAUGAUCAUGUUGAAUAUUGGUAUGCUGACCCAACUGAUGAUAUUAACCGCGGCUUCGCCGAUUUGGCGAAAAAUCCACUUAACUUGACUUUACUCUGUUGUAUUUUCGAAGAUUCCGAAAAAAAUUUUUCUGAAAGCAGCAGAACCCGAUUGUACAUUGAAAUCCUUCUCCUUGUUUUAAGAAGAUAUCAAGAAAAAAAUGGACUUAAAAGCAGCAAUGGUCAAGACUUGAUUUCAGUUUAUAGGGAAAAAAUCAAACUUUUGGGCCGGUUCUCGUUAGAUUCCCUUCUUAAGGGGAAGUGGUACUUUGUAAAAGAAAAGGAUAUGGACAACUUUGGAUUCUUCUCUUUUCAACAAGGCGGCACGAAGAGCAAACCUUGCACACGCUGUGUAUUUUCACACAAAAGCUUUCAGGAGUUUUUUGCUGGUUUUUAUCUUGCGUUUCAGAUUAUCGACGGACAAAUUAACUUUGCCGACGUUUUAAACGAUGAAAGAUAUUUGAAGGAACUGAAAGAGGUCUUUUUGUUCAUGAGUGGAAUCAUGGCAUCAGAAAGCGAGAAAAGUGUAAAAUCCACCCUUAUUAGUAUGGCCAAGCAUAUCAGUGGUCUUCUCCGUACAUCUGACCAAAACGUUAAAUCGUAUAUGGCGUUGGCUUGUGCGUGUGUUGUGGAAUGCGAUCUAAGCCUUGUAAAAUGGAAAUGGAAAGAUGAAGAGAGAAGGCUAACUUGCUUAAGAUAUACUUUCGCUAAGCACCUUGACAUGUCCUCCCUCACUGAAGUGGAUUUGUCCAGCGCUGAAAUUAUGAAUGUUGGUGCUGUUGUGAUUUCCGUGGUCCUCGAAAGAAGCUCCUCCCUAACUCAUUUGGAUUUGAGUUUCAACCACAUUGACGGCGAUGUUGCUUCUUCCCUUUCCUGGUACUCCUCCCUGACUUUUUUGAAUUUGCAGGGUAAUUUUAUUGGUGACACCGGUGCUUCUUCUCUGUCGCAGGCCCUCAAAGCAAACUCCUCCCUGAUUAAUUUGAAUUUGAGUCUAAACAGUAUUGGCGACGCCGGUGCUUCUUCUCUUUCUCAAGCCCUCCAAGCAAACUCCUCCCUGACUAAUUUGAAUUUGAGUCUAAACAGUAUUGGCGACGCCGGUGCUUCUUUUCUUUCCAAGGCCCUCAAAGCAAACUCCUCCCUGACUGAUUUGAAUUUGAGUUCAACCAGUAUUGGCGACGCCGGUGCUUCUUGUUUUCCCAGGCCCUCAAAGCAAACUCCUCCCUGA